AUGGCUAAUAUAAAUACUUUUGAAAACGUUACUGUACGAUUUGCAUUACGUAUUAGACCAUUAACGGCUGAAGAACUGGUUACUUUGCCUGCUCCACUUCAAAAGAAUAUUCUUUCCACAACACCAUUUACUCCAAAUCAAGUUACCGUUCAAGGAGAAAGGAAACAAUCAUAUAUGUUUGAUCACGUUUUCGGACCCGAGAUAUCACAGAAAGAGAUUUAUGAUCGUGCUGUAAUGAAUUUGGUGGACAAGUUUUUAGAUGCAUAUGGUCAUGCGUCAUCGGGCAAAACGCAUACACUCGGAUUGCCGAGUGAUGUUUCCCAAUCGAAUGAAUCGAAGGGUAUAAUUCCGCGAGCAAUGUCCACAUUGUUCUCCUGCAUAAAUUCUGCUCAGUACAAAGCGAGAAAAUUCGUUAUGAGAAUUUCAUUUGUAGAAAUACAUGAUAAUUUUUUAAUCGAUCUUCUUGGUGAUAAAGAUUCGCAAGCUCUUGUUCGCGAAGAUUCAAAUAAUCGAAUAUAUUGGAAAAAUUUAAAAGAAAUUAAAGUUAAUAGCGUGGAUGAGAUAAUGGGAAAAAAUUCUACUUUGGAUACGAAAGCAAGCUCUUUGCGAGGACACCGUAUUUUCACGGUAACUCUUUCGCAGCAAAAGUUUGUCCCGUCAAAUGGUAUGCCGGCUAAUUCUAGCAAUAUGUCACCAACCAAUCCAAAGUUUAAUUUUGGAAAAUCCAAGCCAAGAGAAGAAAUAAAGAUGAAUAAACAUGAUGGUGAAUGGAUCGCUGUGACAAGUAAAUUUCAUUUUGUGGAUUUGGCUUGGAACGACAUGAAAAAUGUCGAUACCUCGGUGAAUCCACAAGAAAAAGAAAGUCAUUCUCUUUAUUCAGCUAUUCUUCCCUUAAGAAAUGUGAUUAGCAAUCAAGGAAUGGCGUCUGAUAAAGAAUAUAAACAUAUACGAACACUUAAAGAUUAUAUUGUUAAUAACACUAUUAAUUUAGAUGGUGGUGUUCUUUCUAAAGAAAAUUUAUCGACUAUUAAUUUAUUA